GCCGACCUGGUGGGUUUACUCAGCAAGCCACAAGGCCACUACUUUGAAAACUAACUACUAAUAUCAAAAUAAGGUAGUAAACCUGACUUCAAGAUGUUGGAAGAAGAUUCUUUUCUGAAUGUGAAAAGAUCUCUGAAAAAGAGAAAGGUGAAACACAGCACUCCUGUGAACUCAAUGCUUUCAAGAACAAUACCAUCUCUUACAGAUCUAUCAAACCAGUCAAUCAAGGAUCAAGAUGCCAGUAAGAGAGUUUAUAGAUCUCCAGUGUCAAAGUCAAAUCUAAGCAGAUCAUUUGCUCAAGUAUCAUUAGUAAGUGUUGAAGCAUACUUCCCUCGUAUGUCCCCAAGCAUUUCAAGAGUAUUUGACUCGCAAGAACUAAACAAAGAAACUAGCCAAGGCUCUCGGGCUGUAUUUUCUAGAAGAAGGCUUUCCACAGUGCUGGCCUCUGAUGAAUCUAAUGAAGAGACAAGUGACAAAGGUGUUCCAAAUUUGGAAACUCAAGCUUCUACCAAAACAUCUGAGGAGGCUGCAGUAACUCCCAAGAGUGGGCCUUCGUGGCUUUUUACUGGAAUACCAGGAAUAAAAGAUCCCUUGAUAGCAAAAACCUGGAAGAAGAAAACUGAUAAAGCUCUUGUGAGAAAGAAAGAAAGAGAAUGGGUGCUUCGUCAGCUUAAAAACAUUGAGGAAGCAACGAAACAUGAACUGACAAUUGAAGAAGCCUGAUUGACCCACCUAUGGAAUGAGUGCUAUCACACUUCUUACGGGAAUUGCUAGUCCACUAAAACAUAUCUACUAUAGUGCCUGUUAGACUUCCUCUUGCCUUCCAAAAUGUUCUUUCUUUGUUUCAAUUAUUGUAUUCUUUUUUUUUUCUGCCUCCUAAAUCUAGGAGACGUUGGGUAUGGAUUAAGAAGCGCCUUGGCAUGAAAGCCAAUGUUUAGUUAUAAUCAUUGAAGGCCUAGAACAAAGAAGGGAGGGGAACUUUGUGUAACAAUCCUUCUUCAUCCUGCCACAGGUCUUCCAGACCACAGUUCCAAUCUUCUAGGGUUGCCGAUGCUCUAUAAGUGACAAAGUCCUAGUGGCCACAUAUAGUGCAAUCCUGGUUAGCCAAAGGAGAAUCUCCUUGUCUAACAAGUAAUCAAAACUAAUGCAGUCAAGAGUGGUUUUGCUGCUAGCUGAGGAGAUGAGGAAAUAGUGAGAGGCACCAAGGAGGGAGCUCAGCCUCUAGAGAUUACUAAUUAAUGAUGGUUUGUUUUGAAGUUUUAGUUCAAAAUUAGUUUGUCCUGGAUAGUCAGUGUAACUUGGUGUU